AUUAAAUAUUAAUUUCUGUCGGCAUUCUGCAAUUUGUGAACUAUUCUUUAUUCUGUUAUGCUAAUGUAAUUUAAGUUUACGUUAAUUCAAAUUUGUUAUAAUAUCCGUGUUUUAAUCUGUCGGUAAGAUACGCAUACAUCAUCCAGACAUUGUAUUCGUUUUCCACGAAUUAUGUCCAUAACCCUGCAUACAGAUGUUGGUGAUAUAAAAAUUGAAGUAUUCUGUGAAGAAUGUCCCAAAACUGCAGAGAACUUCUUGGCAUUAUGUGCCAGUGACUAUUACAAUGGUUGUUUGUUUCACCGUAACAUCAAAGGAUUCAUUGUACAAACUGGUGAUCCAACACAUACAGGCAAAGGAGGUUCAUCAAUUUGGGGUCGAAAGUUUGAAGACGAGUUCAAAGAAAAUUUAAAACAUAAAGAACGAGGAACUGUAUCAAUGGCUAAUAAUGGGCCUAAUACUAAUAGUAGCCAAUUUUUUUUGACAUAUGCUGCUCAACCCAAUCUGGAUUUAAAAUAUACAGUUUUUGGAAGGGUAAUCGACGGAUUUGAAGCUUUAGAUGAACUAGAAAAACUGCCAGUAAAUUCAAAAAAUUUCAAACCUUUGACUGAUGUUAAAAUACAAUAUGUUUCCAUUCAUGCAAAUCCCUUAGCAUCAUAAAUAUUUUAUUAAAACAAAUCUAAUGAUUAAAGUGUACCUAAUUAUCAUAAUUAUCAAUACAAUUAUUUUUUAAUACAAA